UCUCAGAGAAGACUACAAAGAAAUAAAAAGUAACUCUAAAUUCUUAGAGCUAAUCAAUUAGAAAUUCUUCCUUCCGAAUUUAGUUUAAAGAGAUCAUGUCUAUCAUCGGAGAGGCCAUUCUGUCUGCCUUCUUUGAAUUUCUGUUCAGGAAGUUGACUUCACCUCAACUGCUGCAGUUUGCUCUCCAAGAGCAAGUCCACGUUGAUCUCAACAAGUGGGAAAGAAUUCUGCUGAAGAUUCAUGCAGUACUUGAGGAUGCAGAGGAGAAGCAGAGAACCAACGAGUCUGUGAAGAUCUGGCUUGGAGAGCUUUGGAACUUGGCGUUUGACAUCGAAGACUUGUUGGAUGAAUUUGCAACUGAAGCUUUGCAAAGGAACUUGCAGCAUGAUCGCCCUGGAGACAAAUACAGCAGAAGUAUGGCUGGUAAAAUCAUUCCUGCUUGCUGCAGAAGUUUGAUAGGAUCACUUAAUUUCACUUCUGUCAUGAAGUUAAAGAUAAAGAAGAUCACUGUGAGGUUGCAAGAGAUUGCAACUGAGAAGAACAACCUGGACUUGAAAGAGAUUUCAGGGUCCGGGAGGAAGUCUUCCAAAGUCCAUGAAAAAAUACGUACCACCUGUUUGGUUAAUGAAGCUACUGUGUAUGGAAGAGAAAAAGAUAAGGAAGCAAUAAUUGACUUAUUGUUGAGACAUGAAGGUGCUUGUUAUGGAGUUGAUGUUAUUCCUAUUUUAGGAAUGGGAGGAGUGGGUAAGACAACUCUUGCGCAACUUGUUUACAAUGAUGUUCGAGUGGAAGCUCAUUUCGAUCUCAAAAUUUGGGUUUGUGUUUCUGAUGAUUUCGAUGCCAAUAGAAUAACAAAAGCUAUUUUGCAGUCCAUUACUGAUGAGAAUGUAAAUGAUAGCGAUCUAAAUAUCCUUCAAGUCAAAUUGAAGGAGAAACUAUUUAGAAGGAAGUUUUUACUGGUUUUAGAUGAUAUUUGGAACGAGAAUUAUGAUAAGUGGACUGCUCUACGCAAGCCAUUUGAAGUAGGUUGUCUGGGAAGUAAGAUUAUUGUCACAACUCGCAAUGAAGAUGUUUCUUUAAUCGUGGGAACUCUUCCAACUUACUCGUUGAAAGAGUUGUCGAUGAAUGAUUGUUUGUUUGUGUUUACUCGACACUCAUUGGGGACAAAAGGUUUUAGUAAGCAUCAAGAGUUGAAGAAAAUUGGUGAGCAAAUCGUUAAAAGGUGUAAUGGUUUACCUUUAGCAGCAAAAACCCUUGGUGGCCUCUUACGUGGUAAAUAUAAUCCUAAUGAUUGGGAAGAUGUGCUACACAGCAAAAUAUGGGAUUUACCAGAAGAGAAAAGUGGGAUUCUACCAGCUCUUAGAUUGAGUUACCACUAUCUUUCUCCACAUUUGAAACGGUGUUUUGCAUAUUGCUCAAUAUUUCCUAAAGAUUAUGCUUUUGAGAAGGAGGAGAUUAUUUUGUUAUGGAUGGCAGAGGGUUUAAUGCAAAAUGACAUCAGUGGAAAACAAAUGGAAGAUUUAGGUGACAAGUGUUUCAGAGAUUUACAGUCAAGAUCAUUUUUUCAACAUUCAAUCAAGAAUAAGUCUCGGUUUGAGAUGCAUGACUUGAUUAAUGAUCUUGCUCAAUGGGCUGCAGGAGAUAUAAGCUUUAGGUUAGAUAAUAUGCCAGAGGUUGACAACCAAAGGAGAAUCUCAAAAAAUCUUCGCCAUUUAUCUUACAUUGGUGGAUAUGAUGGCAGUAAGAGAUUUCAGGCUCUCUGUCAUGCCAAAAAUUUGAGAACCUUUUUGCCAUUGCAACUGGAACCAGUACAUUUUUACUUGUCGUUUAAUGUUCUUUUUCAUUGGUUGCCAAAGCUACAAAGGUUAAGGGUUUUAUCUUUGCGUGGAUAUUGCAUCUCAGAGCUACCCGACGAAAUCAGAUUUUUAAAGCAUUUACGAUAUCUCGAUCUGUCUAAUACUGAUAUCAAGUUUCUACCUGAAGCAAUUAGUAGUUUUUACAAUUUGCAGACUCUUAUUUUAAUAAGAUGUUGUUAUCUGAAGAAACUCUGUACAGAUAUGGGGAACCUGAUUAACUUGCGGCAUCUUAAUAUGGAUCUUGUAGAUUGUCUGGAAGGAAUGCCUCUAAACAUUGGCAAAUUAACCUAUCUUCGAACACUUCCUACUUUUGUUGUGGGGAAAGGCAAUGGCUCUGGCCUAAGAGAGUUGAAGUCUUUGCCCAAUCUUCAAAGGAAGCUUAGAAUUUCAAGGCUAGAGAAUGUAAAUGAUAUUGAGGAAGCCAAGGAGGCUGACUUAAAUGGCAAGAAAAAACUUGAUGUGAUUUCAUUAGAAUGGAGUAGAAGAAAGAUUGCCAGUUCAUCAAGGAAAGUAGACAUUGAAACACGUGUGCUUGACAUGCUGCAACCUCACAAGAGACUGAAAGAGCUCAGUAUCAAGGGCUAUGGUGGUGCAAAGUUUCCCACCUGGUUAGGUGAUUCCCAAUUCACUGCAUUAGUACUCCUAAGAUUUGAGAAUUGCAGCGCAUGUACUUCUUUGCCGCCGGUCGGGCAAUUGCCCUCGCUCAAGCACCUUGCUAUCAAAGGAAUGGCGGGAGUAAGGCGAGUGGGGUCAGAGUUUUAUGGAAAUGGUUGCUCAGAGUAUUUUCCAUCUCUAGAGACUCUUUCUUUCGAGAGCAUGCCUAAUUGGGAAGACUGGAUCUCUAAUGCAUGUGGUCUGGAAUGUAAAGCUUUCUUUUGCCUGCGAGAGCUUUCUGUUGCAAAUUGUUCUAAACUGGUAGGAAGAUUGCCAGAACAUCUUCCUUCAUUGGAAAGGCUUGUCCUCCGAAGUUGUAUGCAAUUGCGGGUGCCAAUUCCAAGUCUUCCAACACUCUGCAGAUUAAGGAUUGAUGGAUGUAAACAGAUAGUGCAGAGAAGUACAGUGGACCUCAGUUCAUUGAGUUCAGUUGUUCUCUCUGAUCUUUCAACUCAUGUAUUUCUAGGUCGGCUUAUGGGAGGGUUGUCACUGGUAAAAAAUCUAAGGAUAGUUGGUUGUAAAGCGCUAACAUCUUUAUGGCAUAGUAGAGAUGAAUUACAGCAAAAUAUUUGCUGCAUUGAUCCACUGGCCAUUGAGCACUUUCACAGACGUUUUUCCUCAGGAGAGGAAGAAGAAGAGGAACGGCAGCAGUGGUUGCCUUAUAAACUACAAUCUCUAAAAUUAAGAGAUUGCCAAUGCCUUGUGAAGCUACCUCAAGCAUUGCAAAACUUCAGUUCUCUUAAAAAGGUUUGUAUUACAAACUGCCCAAAACUUGUGUCCUUUCCGGACGCUGAUCUCCCCUCCCAGCUGAGAUUCUUUGAAAUCGACAGAUGCAAUGCACUGAAAUCCUUACCUGAGGCAUGGAUGAAAAGCAACAACUCGUCCCUUGAAAUUUUGUCUAUCAAAUACUGUGAUUCUUUGCCAUAUGUUUCCAGAAUCCAGCUACCCCUGAAUCUGAAGCGUCUGGAGAUUACAUGUUGCGAUAAUAUAAGGUCCAUCAUAUACGACGAGGAGGAAGUUCUAAUAAUGCAUGAGGAGAAAAUAAAAAAUGGUAGCAGAAGAAACACUUCUCUUCUUCAGUACUUGGAGAUUGGAGAUUGUUCAUCUCUCACUUCCUUAUGGUUAAACAGUGAGUUACCUGUCGCACUUAAAAAUAUUAAGAUUGUGAAAUGCUCAAAGCUUUCUUCCUUGUCAUCAAGAGGCAGUCUACCUAAUGCUCUUGAAAGUAUUGAGAUUUUUCAGUGUGAAAAUCUUAAAUUUAUACCUGAAGAUCUGCACAAACUCUCCUAUCUGUCAAAAGUUCAUUUGAAUUUUUGCACAAGUCUUGUUUCCUUGCCAGAAACAGGGCUGCCUUCCACAAACUUGACCGAGAUCUUCCUAAUUGGGUGUGAGAAACUAGAGGCCCUGCCCAACUGCAUCGACAAAAUCCCCUCCCUUCAAAAGUUAUUGAUAACAAAUUGUCCAAACAUUUCAUCCUUCCCUAAGAAUGGCCUUCCCACCAACCUUGCAUCUCUUACACUUGAUAAUCUCCGGAUCUUUAAGCCAUUGUUUGAGUGGGGAUUGUACAGACUCACCUCUCUCAAACAACUCUCCAUUGAUGGAAGAUGUUCAAACCUGGUGUCUUUUCCUCAGAUUCCGGUCUGUCUGACCAACCUGAACAUAAAAAAUUUCCCAAAUUUGGAAAGCCUUUCCUGCAUUGAUGAAAGCCUCACUUCCUUGGAAGAACUACAUCUCUCUGGUUGUCCCAAGCUCAAAUACUUUCCCGAAAAGGGCCUUCCUUCCUCGAUUUCAGGACUGUAUAUAGAUGAAUGUCCUCUGCUGAAACACAAAUGCAAAAAAUUUGCAGGAAAAUACUGGCCUGUGAUUGCCCACAUCCCUUACAUCGACAUUUGUUGAGCUUCAAUAAUCCAAUUCUGAAUCCAUCUGUAGAGGUUAAAGUCAUUUUCCAGGACUUGUUCAUUGGAACCAGUUAGUUGGUGUUUCAGAAUUCAGAAUCUGAUAGGAAAAGGUUAAGUAUGGGAGCAAUUGUUUUGUGCAAUGCUUUACAAUGUAUUGAAAACAAAAUCUCAGUUAGCUGUUAUUCAUUUUGUACAAAUAACUAAUUUUUUCAUUUUGACUUUGAAGAAUUACUUCAGAACAAGUUGCAGAUUGUUUAUAAUUAA